GCCCGCGCCAUUUUCAAGAACAAUUGUGAAGUGGAAGUAAAUUAUGGAGGAGUUUCAAACGACUGACAGCAGAGAAAAACACAACCAGGUUUUUACAUGGCUGCAGCAAGUCUUUGGCCAAGAUCAUAUUCCCCAGUUUGAGAUAAACAGCUUCACUUUGAAUAUACUGGAACAACUUGCGAAAAGAAAUCUGGAACAGAAUAAGUAUGCUGAACUUGUCACAAAGGACUAUAAUCAGAAGGCGGUGGAAUAUUCUGCUGAAGUUGAAAGACUCACCAGGAUAACAGAACAAGUGGGUCUACCAGUAUCCUGUAUGUCACAGUCAGGACGCAUGAGCUUAAAAACCCUAGCAUCUAUGGCCAUGUUGCUUGGAACUAAAGACUGCUCCAAUUCAAGUCUUUUAUUGGGUAUUACUGAACAAAGCCAGGCACUGUCUGCUGCUGUGGAUGCAAACACAGAGGAGAAGGGUCUUCUCUCCAGAUUGCUUGUCAAGACAAAGAAAGCACAAGCUAAUGCUUCUGAUCUUCAAAGGUCUCUUGAUGGUCUUCAGGAUCAAAUGGCAUUACAGACUCCUCAGCUGAAGAAAAAUGCACAAGAAACUGACUUUGUUAAACUCAAGUGUAAAGAAUAUGAGAAAAGCAACAGGGAACUUGAGGAAUAUCAAAGUAAAACACAAUUAGAUUCCUCAAUCUACCAUGGUUCACUUGUUAAGAAAGCAGAGGAGGUGAGACUAAUUAAAGCAAAGAUGAAACCACUCAAAGACAAGUUAGAGGGUUACCAUAGCCUACCACCUGAUAUUUCUCAAGCCAAGGUGAAAGUUGAAGAAGCAAAAGGGCAAUUGGAAACAUUAGAGAAACAGCUAUCUGUCAGCAUAGACACCCUUCAUUUAUGAUCACUCUUAAGUGUUAUCAAAUGCAAGAUUACUCUGGCACCCUGCAGCACACUAAUGAAAAAAGCAAUCAGUGAGGACCUGUUGGAACAAAAGUAACUGUGCAUAUGGAUUUACAGCCAGUGUCUGGCUUGUGCUGUUCAAUGUCCCAUAGAACUUGCCAGGAUCAAUUUGGCUGAGUGUGGAUGUGUAGAAAGCAGCCUUGGCAAGAUGGUAACUGAAGGCACAACAACAUCAUUUCAAAUUGGCAUCCAGCAAGAAAACAAUUUAUCAUAAUUAUGUAGUAAUCCUUGAGAGUCAGGAAAACUGCAAGACGAUAUCUUCUGCAAAUUUUAUAGAUUUGUUCAGAAUAAAAGUUUAUUAUAACACAAAUACAAGUUAAGGACUCCGAGGUACAUUUUCAAAAGCCUUAAAACAGCUAUGUUUUGGACUAAAAUGCUGCCUGUCACAACAAGAAACAUGUUAUAAACUAUUUUAAAAAAAUUUAUCAUCUUAUGUAUGAUUAAACACUGAUGAAAUGUCUUCAAGUAAAGUAGAACACUAUAAUUAGAAAAAUGUAAGAAGAAAAAAAGUAUUCAGAUUUUUAAAAUAAUGUAAAUAACAAUCAUUUCAAAUGAUGCUUUACCCAGAAAUUUUGUGCAGAAAAAGUGAAGUUUCUUAUUUUCAGAUCUAGUUCAAUAGCUUUGGCUUACUGAGUAAACAUAUCUACAAACAAAACUAUUCAACAGGUCUGGUCAUGUUACAGAUUAUUUAAGCAAUUUUACACUUCUGUAAAGUAAGGAUUUAAGUCUCCUAUUCAUCAUCUAGCUGAUACAAAUAUGUUAGAAUGAUUUUCAUUAAACUUGGAAAAGUGA